AUGACGUCAACAAAAAACCUGUACUUCAUCAUAACAAGAAAACCUGAAUUCCCAGGACACAUCAGUGCUGGCUGCAUAUGCUACAUCAGUGAGUACAAGCACAGAUCAUCACUCAGAACAAGAUCUCGUUCUCCCAUAAAGUUGCCCGUCUUCGUCAUGGGCUCACGUUCAGGACUAGAUUAUGACCUAGAGGUGAGUAGUAUGGAAGAGCUGAGUGCAGAGGAAGCAGAGCUGUUGCUAGCCCUGUCUGUGGAUGCAGAGAGGCUGAAGUGGUUCAAGGAGAGAGAUGCUCUUCGAACAGCAAAAGGACUCACUUUGGGUACUGAAGUGACUGUGGAAGAAGGAGGAGCGAAGCUUCGAGGCAUCCUUCGCUACAUUGGAAGACUUACAGAGCCAACAUAUUCUGCUCCCUUACCAGGAACGUUCUUUGGCAUUGAACUGCAGGGAGAAAACAAAAGGAAGGUGAAGACGGAUGGGUCCUACCAAAAUAAAACCGUCUCCUGUAAAAAAGAUUGUGACCUUGUUGUCCCAUUCUCCAGAGUCAGGCCUGUGGUGCCCAGCUCCUUGUCACCCUCCAUCCCUGCACACUCACAAACAGAAGAGCUCAAUCCUGGAGAUAGAGUCACUUACUUUGUCAAUGAUACAUGUCGGCAUGGAAUGGUUGUCGAUGUGUUGCUAAAUGUUGUCCGGAUCUCUACAGACACAGAUGAGAAUGGAAAGAGAGGGGGCGAAGUUGACGUUCCACUGGAGUCGGUUUUUAAGGGAGAGGUGCCUGCAGAGUCAGAGAGCAUGGAUGUUGAUACACCCCCGGUGGAACCAAACACUGAUGAUCUGUACUUGGAUCUGAGUGUGAACUCUUUGGUGGAGGUGACCUUAGGCAAAGGCAGUUCAUAUGGAAUCAUCCGCUGGAUCGGCAGUCUGCCUACUCGGCAGGAAACCAUGGCUGGACUUGAGCUGGAGGAAGACAAUGGAGUGAGUGAUGGUACCUUUAAAAGUGAGCGUUUCUUCAGUUGUCCCCCCAAAAGGGCUCUGUUUGUGAAGCUUAGCUCCUGCCGUCCUGACUCACGAUUUCAGAGCACAUCAGCCAGUCACAGCGAAAGGAUGCCAAAACAGGAAGACGCAGAGGGAGAGGUAGAGCACAGUGCGGGGAAGCUGGAGACUGUUCCUCCAAUCAGCACCGAGCAGGUUAACCAGAUUUUGAUUGGACGAAUGAAGGGGAUCCAAGGCCACUGCAACUCCUGCUACAUGGAUGCUGCCCUCUUCAGCUUGUUUUCCUGCUCCUCUGUGUUGGACUCCAUGCUGUUUAAAUCCACAGAACCUCAAGAUGCCCCGAUUCAGAACACAUUGCUCCAUGACAUUGUUAAUCCCCUCCGCAGUAAGGGCUUUGUGGAAGGGCGGCACAUCAUGAAGCUCCGGAAACAGCUGCAGAACCACGGCUACAGUCACUCCUUCACCACGGAUGAGAAGGAUCCAGAGGAGUUCCUUACUGUCAUCAUGCACCACAUCCUUGCACUGGAUCCUCUACUCAAACUCUCAGCGGCCGGUAAAGUGCAGGAGAGUUACUGCUAUCAGAUCUUCUUGGACCAGAACCACAGCCUGGUGCUGCCGACAGUCCAGCAGCUGCUGGAGCAUUCCUUCCACACGGCCGGACUCAAGCUGGCAGAGGUGCCAUCCUGCCUCAUCCUCCAGAUGCCUCGCUUUGGGAAGAAAUUCAAGAUGUUUGACAAGAUCAUUCCCUCUCUGGAGCUGGACAUCACUGACCUCCUCUCUGAAGGUCCUCAGCAGUGCAUGCUGUGUGGAAACUUGGCCCAGAUGGAGUGCCCCGACUGUUUCACAGAUCCUCUUUUCAGCCGGACGGGAUUCAAAAUUUUCUGCAAGACAUGUUCAUCUCAGGUGCACUCUCAUCCUCAGCGCCGGUCCCAUCAGCCAGCUGCUCUGGGCAUCCCCGAGGGUUACGCGGGCCGCGGCACGCCUCACUCUCUGAUCCGAGACAAGCUGGAGCUGUUCGCUGUGCUCUGCAUCGAGACCAGCCACUACGUGUCCUUCAUCAAACACGGUCGCAGCAGCCAAGACUGGAUCUUCUUUGACAGCAUGGCCGACAGACAAGGGGAGAGAGACGGCUUCAACAUCCCGGAGGUUCACGCCUGCCCCGAGGUCGGCGUGUACCUGGAAAUGUCUCCGGCGGAGCUGGCCAAUCAGGUGCCUCGAGACAUGAAAGGCGUGGCCAAACGUCUCUUUUGUGACGCCUACAUGUACCUGUACCAGAGCACCAACAUGUGUCUCUAUCGCUGAGCGGACGCAGCCCCGCAGCUUACUCUUUGCACAAAAUGUAAAUUGGGGGGGAAAAAAAUAUGUUUGCUUUUGUAAUUCCAUGUAAUUUCCUUUGUGGGUUAGUUUGCUAUUCUUUUAUGAAUGUGUGGAAGUACACACAUGAAGCUUAAAAAAUGUGUAUAUAUAUAGGUUUUCUGCCCUGGUGCUGGGAAAGUAUUAUCAGGCUUAAAUAAUUUAUAACAAUAUUGUUUUACUUUAAAAAGUACAAACUGAGGUUGCGUGCUCAACCAUUUUGCACUAUUAAGACAAGAAAUUGACAAUCACUGACGUGUUAGAAGGACAAAACUUGCACUGUGAUAUGAUAUGUAGUUUACUGCUUCCUCUUGGUGUUUGAUAAUUAUACUUGCAAUUUGUAUACUGAGUAAAUGAGUGAUGGUUUCAGAGUGGCCUGUUGUAAUAAAUGAAACUUAACAGUAAUAUUACAAAUACAAUGUUAUUAAUUUCCUCAGUAAGCGCACCAUUGUACCUUAAUGUUUUCCUACUAAUAAGGGUUCAGGCUGGACCAGUUGCUUUAUAUAUUUCAGUAGAAUUUGUUCCUAUUCUUUUAAAGAUUCAAUAUGAAAAUGCUCUUUUGUAUCUCUCAGCAUCUUAACUGAUGUGAUGUUUGGGAUAAAGUUGGGAAAACUGCACUCAAAUGGCAAUGGCUACAUAGAGGUCAAGGCUAAACCUUUCCAUUUAUACUGUACGUUUAUUGCAACUUGUUCUGAUAUACAAUACAAUUAGUUAUUGUAAUAAAACGUAUCCCUAGUCCUGCA